AUGAAGACUGACGACCGGGAUAUUCCCGAUAUCCCACACAUUGACCAGCUUGAGAAUGCACAACCUGCCCCUAUAAUCAUCCCAGCCGAGAUUGUGGACAAGAUCCAUAAUGGUGACGAUGCACUACAAUUCCUUCAAGAAGCUCAUGAGCCUUACUCUCAAGAGGAGGAAAGACGUCUUCUUCGCAAGGUUGACAUUCGAAUGCUGACGCUCAUGCUUUUCGUUAACGGAUUUCAAUUUAUUGACAAGAAUACUAUUUCAUACGCUGGAACUUAUGGCCUAGCUACCGAAGCUCAUUUGGUGGGCCAGCAAUACAGUUUACUCACAACUAUAUUUUAUAUUGGAUAUUUGGCUGCACAAUGGCCAGCCAAUUGGCUGAUGCAGAAACUGCCAAUUGCUAAAGUUUUAACUGUCGCAUUUGUUUUCUGGGGUAUCACCCUGACAUGUACCGGAGCCUGCACAACAUUCCGCUCUCUAGCUACCGUCCGCUUGCUCCUCGGAAUAUUUGAAUCGGCCUUGAACCCUGGUUUUGUCCUGAUCACAGCAUCCUGGUGGAAGCGUGAGGAGCAGCCAUUCCGUGUUGGAAUAUGGUACAGUGCCAAUGGCUUCAUUGGUGCUCCGUCAGGUGCAAUCUUCUACGGCAUUGCCCAUCUUCACGCGCGUGGUCUGUUUGCUUACCAGUGGAUGUUCAUCAUCUUUGGAGCCGCAACAUGCUGUUUCGGCAUCUCUCUCUGGUGGCUCCUCCCUGACAGCCCAAUGACCGCUAGUUUCCUGACAGAGCGGGAGCGAUUCAUUGCCGUGGACCGCCUCAAGAGCAAUAAGACCGGUGUGAAGAACAGCAACGUGAAGACGGCGCAGUAUAAGGAACUUCUCUUUGAUCUCCGUGUUUGGAUGCUGGUUCUCGCAAUUUUCUGUCACAACAUGACCAACAGUCUUCAAACUACCUUCACGGGACUCAUCAUCAAGGGCUUCGGAUACAACACCUACCAAGCCGUCUUGCUGAACAUUCCAGGAUCAAUCAUCAUGGCCGUCACCAUGAUCCUUGUGAGUGGAUUCCUCUCCACAAGGUGGGGUAAGGAUAGGAGAAUCUUUUGCAUUAUGUCCUGCUACAUUCCUGGAGUCAUCGCUGCGGCCAUCUUAUACUCCAGCCCGAUUGAGGCAUCGACAAAGCACUUGCAUCUCUUUGCUAUGUUUAUCAUCCCUAUGGUUGCCAGCGCCGGCGGUAUCAUGUACUCUCUGCUAGCGAGUAAUAUUGCUGGUUAUUCGAAGAAAGUUAUGGCUGGUGCCUUAUUCUUCUCGUCUAACUGUAUUGCCAACAUUAUUUCGCCGCAGACUUUUAUCACCAAAGAAGCACCCAAGUACACCACCGGAAUGGCCACUUCGCUGGCCAUGUUCGCUUUCAACUUUUGCCUCUUUGGCGUUCUGUACUUGAUGUACACCCGAGAGAAUAAGAGGCGGGAGCUCGAGGAUGUUGGCGAGAUGACCGAGGAGAUGGAGUUGGCGAAUGCCUUUGCAGACUUGACAGACCGACAGAAUAUCUCAUUCAGAUAUGCCCGGUAA